UGUGAAUCAUCUGGCUCAUCUGUGACGUUGUGUUUACUUCAAACGCGGAAAAGCAAACAGAAGAAAUUGCACAGCGGUCCGUUCUCUCUUCGUAUCUACAGAGUGAGGAUAUAAGCAUUUUACAUGCCAAUUCACGACAUUUCUUCACAAUAAUAGUGGCAGAAAACGUCAACUGCCCUUGACCAGGCUACAGCACAUACAGAGAUGGCAUCUUCAGGCUAUCAGGACAUUAUGAAAUAUUUCCUAAAAUGUGGAGAAACACAAGAUGCAAGGAAAUACCUAAAACAGGUGUCUGAUGCAGUGUUCAAACAUCGUCAUGCUAGUAUUGCUCUCAAGAAGCCAGAGGAAUCAGAGUGGAAGAUUGCGGGCCUGGAUGACACGUCCUACAAAGGAGAAGAGGAAAUUAAGGAGUGGCAGAACUUCUACCUACCAGACAGUGUGAAGAUGGAGGUGUUAGGAGCUGUGGAAAACCUCCUCGUCCCGACAGAGAGUGGCCAGCUGGUCAUAAUGCUGUGUGAGGACCGUCAGGUGUAUGCUUAUGACGGAGAAGAGAUGCACCUGGUCGCUCUGAGCCUGGGGGAAGUCUUUGUCUCUGGGCUUCAUUAUCCUGGCAUCAAGUCCUUCUACAGAGGGGAGUGCUUUAAGGACAUGACUAAAGAAGACUGGGCCAAGGUAAGACAGGGCAAAGUGGGGAGGAGACUUGAAAAGGAGCACCAGGAUUUACUGAGACAAGCCAAACCCAGCUUCCUGAGUUGUCUUGACUCCAUCAAAGGAGCAAGCCACACAGUCACAGGUGCCUGUAGCUAUCACAAACCAGUGGAACCUCCAACAGUACUUGAUGGACUUCUUACGGCUGAAAUCGUGUGAACAUCAUUCACAAGUGAUAAUAUUCUCACCCCCAUCAAACUAUUUUCAAUUUAAUCUAGUCUUUACACAUACUAAAUAAUAUGUGUGAAAUUGGUUUUGAUUUAGAAUUGGCCAUUAUCAUGCACCUGUUGGAACAGGGGAUGGGGGAAAAAAGACAUGUAGUCCUUAUGUCCUUGAAUAGCAAAUGGAGGAUGCUUUCCCCUAGAUUAAUUUUCUUGCCAGCCAGGUAGGCUACUCCAGUUGUAAAGCAAAACAAUGUGCUUAAUUUUAGGAAAGUUGAGAAAUAAAUAUAGUCUAUAGAAAUCUGAUGGGAUCCUCCUCUUUAACUUCUUGGCGCACCCAUCCCAUUAGCGGGAUCAUUUUCGUCAACAUCCGCUGAAUUUCAGAGCGCCAAAUUCAAAUUAAAUUACUAAAAAUAUUUAAUUUUCAUGAAAUCUCAAGUGCAAUAUAGCAAAACACAGCUUAGCUUGUUGUUAAUCCACCUGGCAUGUCAGAUGUAAAAAAAGCUUUACAGCAAAGCUAUCCAAGCGUUUAUGUUAGGACAUCUCUCUCAGCAGACAAAACAUUACAAACAGCUAGCAGCAAAGUAGAUUGGUCACAAAAGUCAGAAAAGCAUUGAAAUGAAUCGCUUACCUUUGAUCUUCGGAUGUUUGCACUCACGAGACUCCCAGUUACACAAUAAAUGUUCCUUUUGUUCCAUAAAGAUUAUUUUUAUAUCCAAAAUACCUCCAUUUGGUUGGCGCGUUUUGUUCAGAAAUCCACAGGCUCCAGCGGUCACGACGGGGCAGACGAAAAUUCCAAAUAGUAUCCGUAAAGUUCGUAGAAACAUGUCAAACGUUUUUUAUAAUCAAUCCUCAGGUUGUUUUUACAAUAAAUAAUUGAUAAUAUAACGUGACUAAAUGUCACAUGGAAUUUGACUGCGGUCAUGUCUCGCGACUGCCGGUGGGCGGUAAUAUGGUUAACAGCCCCAGAUGCAAUGCAUGAUGCAUCCUUUUAGUUGUUAAUUCAAUGUGUCAAAGUUUUACUUCUAUCCUGUCCAUAUUCAAAUAAACUAGGCCUACUAAAUGUGUGAAUUAUGAAUCUUCUCUGCAUGCAGGACCAUGUCAUCAUUGUCUGAACACUUCAAGUCUUAUCUGACUGUAUAUUUACAGCAGUGGUAGAAAAUUCAGUAAACAUGUUGAUAAAACUUUGAAUGUUUAACUUUUUCACCUCCAAAGUACGCAUGUUACCUAUUUAAACCUCUCCUGCACAUUUUUCCUGUCGCAUCACUCCUGAACCAUACCAUACUCUACAGCUCUACAGGAGUCUAUACUACCAACCAAUCACCUAAUCUGCCUCAGAAGCUCUGUGCUGGACCAAUCAUAUAUUUUGUGCACUAAUAAACAAAUAUACACAAAUU